GUGGCUGGCGCGGCUCCGGCGGGAGGGAGCAGGGGGCCCCGCUGCCCCCCAGCCCGUCCCGGGACCGGGCUCCCCUCCCCGGGCGCGGUCCCGUUGCGGCGGAGCCGGGCCACGCGUGGCCGUGGGGCUGCCGCGCAGAGCCACCUCACGCCGACAGGACGCGUCCAUCUCCACGCAGCCCCCCACGCUGUCCUCCGCCCGCCCGCCCUCCGCAGCCCCGGGCUAGCACGCUAAGGAGACAGCGUGUGCUCAGAGCCCGAGCUGCCAGCCCCGCAAACCCCGCCUGGGGUCUGACAGCCCCGCUGGGCCGUUCUCCCUCGCCCACCAUCGCUGCCCAUGGAGCACGAGCCGGAAUAGGAUGCAGCCCCCUCUCUUGGACCUGCGGAGCCGACCCAGCUCAGGAGUGAAGAGGAGUCGCUAAGGGGCCCAGCGAGGCGUGAGGACGGGACCCCCUCCCCUUCUGGAGCAGUGGCAGAGCGCACGAGGAGCAGCACGAGACCAGAAUGAGGGAGAACUAUGAUGCCAUGAUUGCUCUGGGGUCCCCCGUCGCCAAACCCGAGAUUGUCCCGCGGAUCGAGCAAGCCGAAGAGCCUCGUGCCAAGGCUCCUGGGGAGGCAGAGGAGAGGGAGGCCCCUGGCAGCGCCAGCCCAGGAUCCGUAGUUCCCAAGCCCGAGAUCGUCCCGCAAGGUGAGCGAGAGCAGCAGCAGCAGCAGCAUGGUGGCGAGCAGCAGAUGGGUCUGGAAGGACGAAAAGGCCCCGAGAGCAGCUGCUCAGAUGACUGGCUCAUCCGGACGGUGAAGGUGGAGGAGGACUAUGAGGAGUGGCCCGCGAGUCUCAGCGCGGAGGCGCUGCUGUCGGGGCAGCUGCAGGGCAGCGGCUUGCUGCAUCCCGACGGGGGCCACGGCUACCUGGGCGCCUGCAAGCUGGAGAGGCCGAGCCUGGAGGACUACGGCAGCUACGGCGACCUCCCGGGCUUGGCCCUGCAGCAGUGGCAGCUCCUGACCGAGAAGCCAUAUGGCUGCACUGAGUGCGAGCGGCGGUUCAAGGACAAGCUGACGCUGCGGCUCCACCAGCGGGUGCACACGGGGGAGAGCCCCUACGCCUGCGGGGAGUGUGGCCGCAGCUUCAGCCAGAAGCCCAACCUGGUGGCCCACCAGCGCACCCACUCUGGGGAGCGGCCCUUCCCCUGCGCCCAGUGCGGCAAGGGCUUCAGCAAGAAGGCCCACCUGACCCGGCACCAGCGCAUCCACACGGGCGAGCGCCCCUACCAGUGCGCCCAGUGCGGCCGCUGCUUCAGCCAGAAGAUCCACCUGGGAUCGCACCAGAAGACGCACACCGGGGAGCGGCCCUUCCCCUGCGCCGAGUGCGGCCGGAGCUUCCGCAAGAAGACGCACCUGAUCCGGCACCAGCGCAUCCACACCGGGGAGCGCCCCUACCAGUGCGCCCAGUGCGCCCGCAGCUUUACCCACAAGCAGCAUCUGGUGCGGCACCAGCGCGUGCACACGGAGCCGGAGCCGGAGCUGGGGGCGCUGGCCCAGCUGGAGACAAGUGCCCCCUGCAGGCUGCCAGGAGUGGCAGCGCCACCCCCAGGGUCCUUGCCGGAGCAGAAACCCUUCACCUGCCCCGAGUGCGGCAAAAGCUUCAGCUGGAAGAAGAACCUGACGUCGCACCAGCGGCUGCACCUGGAGGGGCGGCCCUUCUCCUGCGCCGAGUGCGGCCGCGGCUUCAGCGACAAGCGCCACCUGACCGCCCACCUGCGCAGCCACAUGGGCCUCAAGCCCUACGCCUGCGCCUACUGCGAGAAGAGCUUCAGCCACAAGCCCAACCUGACCACGCACCAGCGCACGCACACCGGGGAGCGCCCCUUCGCCUGCCCCGACUGCGGCCGCAGCUUCACCCACAACCAGCACCUGGUGCGGCACCGCCGCGUCCACACCGGCGAGCGCCCCUUCGCCUGCCCCCAGUGCAACCGCAGCUUCAGCUCCCGGCCCAACCUCAUCGCCCACACCAAGGCGCACUCGGGCAAGCGGCCCUACAUCUGCGAGCAGUGCGGCCGCGGCUUCAGCCGCAAGUCCCACCUGGUGAGGCACCAGGCCGUGCACACCGGCACCCGCCCCCACGGCUGCAGCCAGUGCGGCAAGCGCUUCAGCUCCAAGACCAACCUGGUCCGGCACCAGGCCGUGCACACGGGGCACCGGCCCUACAUCUGCACCCAGUGUGGCAAGAGCUUCAGCAGGAAGACGCAUCUCCUGAGGCAUGAGCGUACCCACGCUGCCCCCCUGCAGAGCGACAGGGGCAGCCCCUGGGCUGUGCACGACCCCCUGAGCCAGCAGGCAGCCUGCCUCUAGCGGUGCGGGACUAGUGACUCGCACGGCUCACCACCCCAAGGGACCAGCUGCUCUGCUGUGAGCUGGACAAAGUGCGGGCAGGUGCUGUGCCCUCAGUGCCAACCUGUAACCCCCCUCCCCGCCGUGCUAUCCCAGCCCUGGGCUCCCUGCACAUACACUGCUCUGCUUCACUCCCCUCUCACCCCCCCGUAUCCCAGUCCUUCCUUGUCACCCUGGUUCAGACCCGACCUGCAGCCCCCUGCAAUCCAGCCCGGGGCUCCCUCCCCCACCAGCUCUGCUGGUGCCACUCAUUCCUGGCAGCCAGCCGUCGCAGUCCUUCUCUAGAUCAUCACUUCAGCCUGGCCCUGCAGCUCAGCCCAACUUGCCAUGCCCACCUGGGGCUCCCCACCCUCACAGCUCUGCCACUCGCCCCCAAUCCCAGCUCUCCGGUGUACGGACGGGACGGGAGAGAGAGAACUGGGAAGCUGCCUGAGUGUCCUGCAGUGAGACCCACUUCUGAUCCAGACGUGCCUUGAGAGCCCAGCGUGCCGUUCACACAGCCCAGCCCUUACGGGCACGGGCAGGGACACCGCUGGGCGCAGCUGCCCUCAGCCUCGGCCUGUCCGUCAUCCACCUGCUGAAAGUGAUACAAACAGGACCUGGGAGACCAGCCCUUAACACCGCCUGGGGAGCUGGCCAGGCAGGAGACGGGGUUAGGACUCACCGCUGAAUCAUUCCUCAGCUAGAAAGGGGAUAAUACCGUUCCCUGAGCCAAAUGGUGCCCUAAACGGUGUUGGGAACGGUGCUGGAGAUGGGUUGGAAGUUGGCUUCUCAGCCUGCUCAGUUCCCCAGUCGCUGGCCAGGGCACCCAGCACUGGUCCGGCAAGAACUGUGGGCGAGCGAGAAAGGGGAGUCUCUGCUCUCUGCCUGAGAGGGGGCACUGCAGGGGACCCCCAAGCAAAGGGGCAUUUGAAUGUUAACGUCCCUCUGUAAUUAAAGACGAAACUCAAGCCCGUUGGCUGGCUAGUGCUGCGAGCUGGGCGUUUCCUCCUUCACACCUGUCUGGGGGGUCUCUGAGGAGCCCUGCAGGGUGGGAAGCAGAGGCUGGGCACAGAACAAUCGCCGAGACCUGCUCGGCUCCACGGUGAGACGGUCACAGAGUGGGAAGCUGGGACCGAGGGGCCUGCUCACAAGUUCCCGCCAUACCUGCCAAUAGCUUUGGAACAAACAAAAACGAGUUAAUGUCCCGUUUGGGUGAAAUCCCCCCAAUCGCAGCCAUGGCGGGAGGGCUGCCAGCUUCUCCCCGCAAAGCACAAUUGCCAAGGAGUUAGUUUUGUCCCCACCUGCCCUUGGCCCCCUGUUCUACUUCCAUUCAUUCUGCACCACUCUGUCCCUGCAUCAGCUGGUUCUGCCCCCUCAGCGCCACAGAAAUCGUCGGCUCUGGCCCUGCAGCCCCAGCGAUUCUCCACCUCUGCUCCUCCUGCAGCCGUGGAGGCCCUCCCCUCCGCCUAGGAGGGGGCAGCUCCGCAGGGGCCUGUUCCUACCUCCCUACCCAGCUUGAAAUGGCUGGGUGCGGAGGGAGGGCGGAGCAGAGCCUCCCUGAGCUGUGCAGGCUGCUCCCUCUUCCUCAUCCCUGACCCAGGAUCUCAUGGCAGGGCAGAGAUAGGCCUGCUGUGGGCAGCAGGUUGGCCCCCCAGCUACCUGAAUCUGGGUGGGGGCUUGGUGCCAGGCCUGGUGGGCAGCAGGGGAGCUUGUCUGUAUUGCCAGGGUGCACUCACUGCGGGUGGCGCCGCCUCCUGGCCACCCUGGGGAUGAGCUGUGCCAGGCAUUGCACCCUCCACUGGCGGUGUCGUCACCCGUCCUGUCUCACCCUGCAGCCCCUCUCGCUCCAGGCACUGCAGCCACCUAUUCCGGACUCGGCCCUCUGGCCCUUCUGAGGGUUACCCAAAGCCCUUCCACACCAUUCCCAGGCAGUCCUCUGGCACUGUCCUGAUGGUGCCACUUCCCUAGCAAGCGGUAGGGAAACCAGGGCCACUCACUACUCCAGCUUCCAGUCCAGGGACCCUGUACCUAGUGACUGCUCUGCUGUCCCUCAGCCCUUGUUCUCCUUCCUGCAGCUUCUGGUCCCCCUCUUCUCUGGGUGAACCACCUCUGACCUCCGACUGUCGGUGCCUCUCCCUGGGAGUGAAUGCA